AUGGCUGAGUUUUGGUUAAUUUCUGUCCCCCUGGACAAGACCAGCUUAACUGGUGUGGAAAAACUCAAGCGCACUGCAGCCAAAACCAGCCUGGCCUCCUGUUGCAAGUUCUUCAUUCCAGAUCUCAAGGUGGGAAUACUGGACCGUCUGCUCAGUGUGUCAGAUCAUCUCUCCAAGCUUGAUACGCUCACGGAAAGUGUGAUCAAAAAAACAUGUCAGUGUAUGAAGGAGGUGAUGGAGCCGUCCAGUGACAAAGUGCUGGAAAGCGCCUCAGCCAAUGAAGAUCACAGCGUGAAUCAGAAAGACGUCCUGUCUCCACUGAAACCUCACCUCAAGUCUCUGAGGGAGGACCUGGUGAGCUACAUGACCAAGUUUCAGUGGGACAAAGCCAAGUAUCCCACCGCUCUGCCUCUCUCCAGCCUGGCAGGCAGCAUAAAUAAGGAAGUUUCCCAAGUGGAGACUGAAUUGAAAUCUCGUGCUGCAGCGUACAGCAGCGUGAAAGCAAACCUUCAAAGCCUCAAGCGCAAACUGGAUGGAAGUUUGCAAACUCGCAGUCUGAAUGACUUUGUGAAGCGAGAGGACCUGGUGGUGUCGGAGUACCUCACCACCCUGCUGGUAGUGGUGACCAGAGGGAGCUACUCGCAGUGGGAGAACACCUACGAGUCCCUGACGGAGUUUGUGGUUCCGCGCUCGAGCAGGAAGCUGUACGAAGACAGAGAGGGCGGAGUCUUCUCCGUGACGCUCUUCAAAAGGGCCGUGUGCGAGUUCAAAGCCAAGGCGCAGGAGAGCAAGUUUGUGGUGCGUGAGUACAGCUUCGACGUGGAGGAGAAGCAGCAGCGGGAGAUGAAGCGGCUGACUGCUCACAAAAAGGAGCAAUACGGAGUCUUUGCUCGCUGGCUGAAGGUGAAUCUCAGUGAGGUGUUUAUUGCCUGGAUUCAUGUCAAAGUGCUGAGGGUGUUUGUGGAAUCUGUCCUCAGAUACGGAUUACCGGUCGGUUACCAGGUGCUUCUGCUGCAGACUGACAAGAAGCAUUCAAAGAGGCUGAGAGAAGAACUGGCCUCGCUGUUCAUCCAUCUGGAUCCCACGGCCAGCAUGAAAGAUGUGAGCUGUGACAUCCCGGGACUCAGCCAGCAGGAGUACUUCUCCUACGUCUGCUUCCACAUCAGCACCAGCAUGCUGGAGAUCAGCUAG